ACACACAUCAGUAGGAGCCGGGUGGCUGCAGAGCCGGAGCCGGGCCACCUCGCCGCGUCAUGGCGCCCACCCUGGCCACUGCUCAUCGGCGCCGCUGGUGGAUGGCCUGCACCGCGGUGUUGGAAAACCUCCUCUUCUCGGCAGUCCUCCUGGGCUGGGGCUCGCUGCUCAUCAUGCUCAAGUCGGAGGGCUUUUACUCCUACCUGUGUACUGAGCCAGAGAAUGUCACCAACGGCACAGUGGGAGGCAUGGCACAGCCAGGGCAGGAAGAAGAGGUGAGCUGGAUGAAUGGUUGGCUCAGCUGCAAGGCCCAGGAUGAGAUGCUAAACUUGGCCUUCACUGUGGGCUCCUUCCUGCUCAGUGCCAUCACCCUGCCCCUAGGCAUCGUCAUGGACAAGUAUGGCCCAAGGAAGCUCAGGCUGCUGGGCAGUGCCUGCUUUGCUGUCUCCUGCUUGCUGAUUGCAUAUGGAGCAAGUAACCCAAACUCUCUCUCUGUGCUCAUCUUCAUCUCCCUGUCUCUGAAUGGCUUUGGUGGGAUGUGCAUGACUUUCACCUCAUUAACACUGCCUAACAUGUUUGGUGACCUUCGGUCCACGUUUAUUGCCUUGAUGAUUGGAUCCUAUGCCUCCUCAGCAGUCACCUUCCCAGGAAUCAAGGUCAUCUAUGACUUUGGCGCCUCCUUCAUCAUCAUCCUCGUGGUCUGGGCCGGCUGCUCCGGGCUGGUUUUCCUCAACUGCUUCUUUAACUGGCCACUGGAGCCCUUCCCAGGGCCAGAGGACAUGGACUACUCGGUGAAGAUCAAGUUCAGUUGGCUGGGCUUUGACCACAAGAUCACAGGGAAGCAGUUCUACAAGCAGGUUACUACGGUGGGCCGCCGCCUCAGCGUGGGCAGCUCCAUGAGGAACACCAAGGAGCAGGCGGCACUGCAGGAGGGCCACAAGCUCUGCCUGUCCACCAUCGACCUGGAGGUGAAGUGCCAGCCAGAUGCCGCAGCAGCGCCCUCCUUCAUGCACAGCAUAUUCAGCCCCAUCCUGCUGCUCAGCCUCGUUACCAUGUGCAUCACGCAGCUGCGGCUCAUCUUCUACAUGGGCGCCAUGAACAGCAUCCUCAAGUUCCUGGUCAGUGGCGACCAGAACAAAGUUAGCCUCUACACCUCCAUUUUUGGUGUGCUCCAGCUGCUCUGCCUGCUGACAGCCCCCAUCAUCGGCUACAUCAUGGACUGGAGGAUGAAGGAAUGUGAGGACGCCUCUGAGGAGCCCGAGGAAAAAGAUGCCAAUCAAGGUGAGAAGAAGAAGAAGCGGGACCGGCAGAUCCAGAAGGUCACCAACGCCAUGCGGGCUUUUGCCUUCACAAAUGUGCUGCUUGUGGGCUUUGGGGUGACAUGCCUCAUUCCCAACCUACCUCUACAGAUCCUCUCCUUUAUCCUGCACACAAUUGUGCGGGGGUUCAUCCACUCUGCCAUUGGGGGCCUGUACGCUGCCGUGUACCCCUCCACCCAGUUUGGCAGCCUCACAGGACUGCAGUCUCUGGUCAGUGCACUCUUUGCUCUUCUGCAGCAGCCCUUGUUUCUGGCCAUGAUGGGCCCCCUCCAAGGAGACCCUCUGUGGGUGAACGUGGGGCUGCUCGUCAUGAGCAUGCUGGGGUUCUGCCUCCCCCUCUACCUCAUCUGCUACCGGCGCCAGCUGGAGAGGCAGCUGCAGCAGAAGAAGGAAGAUGACAAGCUCUUCCUCAAGCUCAAUGGCUCGUCUACCCAGGAGGCUUUCGUGUAGUGCCCACCACCUCAGGACCGUGGCCUCCUGCCCUUGCUUCAGUGACUCACCAGUGUCCUCUUCCCCACCCCGGAGGACCUCCACGCACCCCAGGAACCUCGCCUUCACCAUGUUGGAGUCCAUGCUCCCUCCCAGGUCUGGCCUUGGACCUCUGCUGUGGAAGGACAGGAGAGGGCCUGGACAUGUGGUUUUCCUGCUGCUAGAAGCAGGGGCCACCCUGGGCUUGGCUGUGCUACCCAGGAGUGGCCCUGGAGCCUCGAGACUCCAUGGUACCUGCAGGAGGAGCCAGGAGGACCCUGACAGUCAGGCUCUCUCCCUCAAGUAUCUGGAUUCUGCCUCCUGCCAAAGCAGAGGGAUCUGCCAUCCACUGCCUACCACCUGCCCCUCGGCCGCAUGCCCACCGACCACGCCUGCCUGAGGACAAAGGCUUGCACUGUCUGCACCCCCUUGCCUGGCCCCUCAUCUCCUCCCCGGUCCUCAGUGAGGCUGCCUGCGGAAGGAAGGACCCGCUUCCUGUUGUUGGUGCUAACGCCUUUGUAAUUCCAGCCCCCUGCAGCCUGUCCUCCCAUUAGAGGCCUGUGCAGAAGCCCCCUGGCUUAAGGUCUGGGGAGGAAAUGGAGGGCUGGUGGCCACACUGGGCUCAGGAGCCAGAGACAAAGGACUUAAGUGGAAAACAGGUUUCCACUGCCACCCUUCAUCCAGUCUGUGACCUCAAGGGAAUUAAAGGGGCACCAACAGGGCACCUCCCCCCCCCCCCACACACACAGCUGUUUUUGUGGGGGUGGAAGUGCGGCUUUGGCUGAUAGACACGGAGGUCCAGCCCAGUGGGUAGGUAGGUAAGCGAGGGCCUCGGGGUGUGUGUGUAUGUAAGUGUAUGGGUGAUACGUGUGAGAGAGGUGUGUGGGGUGGUGGUAGGGUGUGGACACUGGGUAUCUGCUCUCUUGUCCCAGAGCCGCCCAGGAGCCGGCCAGGCCUGCAGCAGGCUCAGCGCCCUAGAGCCAGCCUGGCUCCUCCUGGCGUUGGUGGGAGGCUGCGAAGCCACAGUGCUCCCUGCUGGCAGACUCCUCCCGGGCCCUGGGGCUGUUUACAAGGAAGAGGCCUCCCUUCCUCUGCCAGACGGGCCUGAUUUACCAUCCACCCACCGGGACUUGCCCCAGAAAUGUGUCUGGGAUUCCUGGGAGCACAGAGAGGGUGAGUGGUUUUUAGGUUUAUAGUGUUUAUUUUAAGUUUUAUGGGACUUAUUUUUAUACAGCAAUAAACCCAUUUUCUCCUGUUAAGGGUUGCCCCGGUAGCAUAUCAGUUAAGGGCUACAUGUGUCUGUUUUGAGCUUGAGGAGAAAAGGCAAGACACGAUUUUCUGCCCCUGACCAGCCCCAGUCAUACCCAGCCACUCACAGUCUCUCUGGAUGAUUGCCAGCUUGGGAGGGGAAGGGCCAGGAAAAGGCCCCCCAACACCCCCAAAUUGGGCCUGUGCAAACAUCUUCGAAGUGUGGGCCACCCCUUCCUCUACUGCUUCUCCCAGCCAAACAGGCUAAUCCUGACCCCCUUUACUCUCCUGCUCAGGUCUCCUGUCACUGGUCAACUCUCCUGAGUGUUCCUCCCAAGUUCAAGACACGGGGUAAUCCCAGGAGAGCCUCAGGCUCAAAGAGACAGAGGCAGACUGGUGGGGGGAGCGGACAGAGAACAGGAAGGGCAGAGCCACGUUCACAUUCAAGCUCUGUGUCAACAGCUGAGCACCUUGAACACACCUAAUCCUCCUAGGCCUCAGUCCACUCAAAUAGUGAAAAACAAAAACAUCGUUUAUGACUUGGGGUGGUGAACACAAUACAAUAUACAGAUGAUGUAUUAUAGAAUU